GAGAUACUCCACUUUCUAAGAGCUGCAAAGCCAAUGUCUGUGAAUAAUACUUUGCUUUAUGGAAACAGCCCGCUUGCUUGUGCGUGGCUUGCGUCGAGUUUAGAGAAAAAACUCAGUAAACGGCAGUAUUUGAAUACAUCGAUCACCGAUUCUACUCGUGCAAUAGAACAAUCAAGCGAUUAUGUCAACUCUGUCUCAAAUCCAAACCUUAUCUUUACUAACGACUCGAAUUCUCAGCUACAAUUUUUAUCACAGACCAGAGGUGGAAGUGGCAAUGAUGUCAAAAAGGAAAUUGAACCUAUGACGUUACGUAUCUCUGGCCAACUCCUUUAUGGUGUUGUCAAGAUAUAUUCGAGAAAAACUCGUUACUUGUUUGAGGAAGUCUCACUGGCUUUGAUCCAGCUAAAGUCUGCGUUUGCCAUCACAAAGUCUAUCACUGUACCAAUAGAGCAAACCGUUAUUUCGUCUUUGGAUAGUAUCACUUUGAAGGACACUGUUACUGAGACCAAUGUUUUAUACGAUGCAGAGACUUUUGACAUAGGCAGAGUAUUUGGACUCACUGGUUCGAGCGCUAUAAAUACUCAGUCAUGGGAAAAUUCAAACGAAGAUGACCCUGCUGGAGAUGAUUUUUUGAUGGGGGACGUUAGUGUCGGUAGAAACAACGGACAUGAUAGCGAUGUCACCGGAAAUGGAACUGGUACAGAUAUUUUUGUCCCGAACUUUGAACAAGAGGAUGUUGGUGUUGACUACCAUGUUGGUAACGAUUCUAUUGAUGCUUUAGCAAGAAGAGCGCAAGUUCCAGUAGAUGAUUUGGAAGGUGCCGAUGAGUUCGAGCUCCCUCUCGACCUCGACCUAAAACAGCCACAGCAAGAAACCGAAGCCGCUGGACUUGCUGGGAUAAGUAAUUUUCAGCUUUCUGCGGUCGACAAUAUGGAUCUUGAGUUUACGGUUGAUGACAACAAUGAUUUUGAUAAUUCUCGGAUCAGAGAUGAUACUGUCCAAAAUAUUGUUAAUCAUAAUCAUGCAGACGAGAUGGAGGAAAAUUAUGAAAGCAGUGAAAGUGAAGACGUACCAGCAGCAGCAAGAAAAGGAAAUAGAAAGGCUAAAAAGAGAACCUACAACUACAAAAUAACAGAUGUAGUUAGAACCCAGAGAAAAAAAUUGGUUGUGGAUAUUAGUUAUGAAAUAUCGACAGACGAGUUGAAAAGGAACCAGCGUGAAUAUCCAGGUCAACUGAGGAAACUUCAAGUCCAAAAUCCUCACGGUUUGGAGCUGGAAAAGGUUUGCGACAGUGUGGUCCAAGAAUUACAGUCACCGUUCCUUCACACUAUUGGAUCAUCGUGGAAGUCAAUAAAAAGGAGAAGAUUGUUGUCUAAUGUUAACAUUGACAGCGGAUAUGUUGAAGAUGAAUUACCGCAGCAUACACAAGUAGAUGAUGAUUAUGCUCAAAACCAACAAGAACUGCCUGACAAUCAUGAUCUUCCAGAAUUCCCUGUGUUUGAUGAGAAUGUUGGUGAUCAUAUAGAUGCACCUCAAAUCGAAGAUCUUCCUGAUUUCGAAAAUAACGACGAUCAGCAAACAACUUCAGGGGAGGUACCUGUGAAUGAGCAUGAGGCUUCAGGACCACAAGAUGAUGAGGAGGACUUUGAUGCUUACUCAGAUUCGCAAGUGAAGAGUAAAAGCACAAUUGAAGUUGCACAAGAGCUUAGAAACAAAUUUGAUACUGAUAAGAAUUCGAUUCUUCAAUUCGACGAUGUUAUUGAAGCUUGUAAGCUUUCAGAGAACAAGAAAAGCAGUGCUACCAGAGCUUUUUUUGAAUUAUUGGUUUUAGGGAGUGGUAACGCUGUAAAACUCGAACAGAAUCGUCUUUUCGGAGAGAUCACGGUUGAAGCAAAACAGGGACUUUAUGAAAAAUUUUUAUAGUUUAUAAAGCAUAUGAAAUAAAUAUAUAAAUUUAAU